GCAUGAGGAAAAGAUGACUGAAGAGUCAGCUGUUAAAGUUUGUGUUAGGGUUAGACCCCUUAUCAAGAGGGAGGAGGCAACAGCAGAGAAUGCAGAACCUGUACAGCUUUAUUGGAAGGCUGACAAGCAGGUUAUUCACCAGGUGGACGAUGAUGGCAACCUCACCAAAGGCUUUGGGUUUGACCGUGUUUUUAGUGCAGACGAGUCCACCAGUCAACUCUAUCAAGAGAUAGCCAAGCCCCUUGUCGUAUCUGCAGUUGAAGGAUACAAUGGAACUAUAUUUGCCUAUGGUCAGACUUCUUCUGGUAAGACUUUUACAAUGAUGGGCAGUGACCAUAUCCCUGGGGUGAUACCUCUUGCCAUGACGGAUGUUUUUCAAACAAUUAAAAAUUGUCCAAAGAAAGAGUUUCUUCUCAGAGUGAGCUACAUGGAAAUUUACAACGAAACAGUAACAGAUCUGCUGUGUGACAGCUGGAAAAGAAAACCACUGGAAAUCCGUGAAGGAAACUAUAAAAAUGUCUAUGUGGCUGACUUGACGGAAGAACUGGUGACGUCUCCGGAGCAAGCCCUGUCCUGGAUCCGGAAAGGAGAAAAAAACCGCCAUUAUGGGAAGACAAAAAUGAACCAAAGGAGCAGUCGCUCUCACACCAUUUUCCGCAUGAUUUUGGAGAGUAGAGAGAGAAGUAACCCCGGAUCUGGUGAAAAUGUAGACGGAGCAAUCAUCGUUUCUCAUUUGAAUUUGGUGGAUCUUGCUGGGGCUGAACGAGCCAGUCAGACCGGAGCAGAGGGAGCCCGUUUCAAAGAGGGUUGCAAUAUCAAUCGCAGUCUCUUCACUUUGGGACAAGUUAUCAAGAAAUUGUCUGAUGAGAGCCAGAAGGGUUUCACAAACUACAGAGACAGCAAACUAACCCGCAUUCUUCAAAAUUCUCUGGGUGGCAAUGCUAAAACGGUCAUCAUUUGCACCAUCACCCCUGUCACUGUAGAUGAAACUCUAAGCACUUUACAGUUUGCUAGUGCAGCAAAGCGUAUGAAAAAUGACCCUCAUGUUACAGAGGUCUCAGAUGAUGGUGCUCUUUUGAGAAGGUAUCGUAAUGAGAUUGUGGACCUGAAGCGACGCCUUCAGGAGGUUUCUUCAGUCACCCAAACAACCGAGACCGAGAAGGAAACCUUGUGUCAGCUCCUUCAAGAGAAGGAUCAACUCCAGAGAGAGCAAGCAGAUAGAAUUAGGAACCUGACAAAAUUGUUAGUAACAGCAUCAAAUGUGGUCCAAGUUCAAAAGGUUCCCAAGAGAAGGGUGACGUGGGGUGGAAAGCUCUUAAGUUCAGCCAAGUUAAUGGAAGAAGAGCAAGGAUAUGCUGAGAUGAGCUUUGCUGAGUCCUUUUUCAAAAAGAGGAGAGCUGACAGUACUGUUAAUGAGGAAAUAGAAGACGUGGAUGACUAUGACAGAUGCUUUUACAAUACAACCGAGGAUACCUCCAUUGAUAUGGAGAUGAACCAGAGUAAUGUCACAAUGCGUAGCUCUGCAGAGGGUGUUUGCCCUGACUCAACACAGCUGAUGUUCAAAAUUGAAUGUCUGGAACAUCAGCUGGAUAUGGAGACACAGGGGAAGCAGAGCGCUGAGGCAAAAGCUUUGGCCCUGGAGAAAAAGAUGGACGAGGUUGAAAAACGCUUGCAGAGCCUGGAACAGCAGCUAGACCUGGAAGUGCAAGAGAAGCAAAGAGCUGAGGAGAAGUGUUCUUCGCUGGAGCUGAAGGUUGCAGAGUUGGAAAAGUCUUCAGGACAGGACAAGGUCAACAGUGCUUGUGAAGAGUACCUUGGGCAGACCAUCCAACUUUGUGAGAGACUGAGCUUUGAAAGGGAAACUAUUGCUACAGAAUGUGACAUGCUGAAACAAACCCUCGAGCUUCUUACUGAAGACAUGGAGAGACUAAAGCAGGACAAUGUGGCACUAGUCAGAGAUACAGAUUCACUGCUAAAAGACAAAGCGUCACUCCUGAGAGACGCUGAGGAGAGGAAAGAUGCAGAUGAGUUUGAGAAACUAGAGCAAGAGAGCAAAAGAGACUAUGAGAAAGAGUUGGAGGCUGAAAUCUCUGAACUAAAAAUGGCCUCGGCAAAUGCAGAAGAUCUGACCCGAAAGCUUAAGGCUGACCUGGAGCUAAUGUCAAUGCAGCUGAAAAAGAAAGAAGACAUGGUUGCUGAACUGCAGACUAUGAAUGGUAAGGAUCUAGUCCAGGAGGUAACGCAGCUACGGCGUUCAUUAGAUGAUGCAGAGGGUCUUAGCUUGGAGACCAGGAAGGAGUGGGCUCUCCUGCGCAGUGAGAACAUGUCCCUCCAGGAGAGAGACGUGACUUUGACUGCAGAGUAUAACCGAAUGGAGAGUGAGGUAAAAGGCCUGCGGAGCCAACUUGAGAAUGAGAAAUCCCGUUUUAAGAAAAUGCAGGCUGACCUUCAGAAAGAACUGCUCUCUGCUUUUGAUGAGAACACCAAGCUCACUGCUCUUCUGGAUGGCAAAACUCCUAAAAAUGUAAUGGACAACCUGAUGCUGGAGAAAACUGUUAAUGAAUUAAAGAAAGAGCUUGAGAGAGCCAGGGAUGAGAGUGAUUUGCAGAGGAAAAUGGAGGAAAUGAAAGCCUUGGAGGCUCUUCCUGCCCAAGUUGGAGAUUUGUUGAGGAAGGUGUCUGAGCUCACUGCAGAGGUGACUUCUGUUCGAGAGGAGAGGGACCGUCUCUUCUCUGCUCAGGUCCUUUCCACUAAGGAACAUCAGAGAGGUGAACAAGAGUCUGAAAAAGCAAAGGAAGAUUUUGUUAAAAUGGCAAAGGAUUUGUCAAAGGCAGAACUCAGGGAGGCUCAGCUGAGUCAACAACACAAAGACACAUCAAACCAGCUCAGAAAGGUCCAAACGGAUCUGGAACACUUUUUUAAAGGAAAAUGACAGUCUUCGCAGUGCCUGGCAGAAGCUAACCAGAUGUCUGUGCAGCUGGGUGAAGAACUUGAAUCUCUUCACCGUGAAAGAGAUGGCCGUAUGUCUGAGGAAGCAGUGGAUGGUCAGAAUAGCACAGAUGAUCUGCCAGAGAUCUUCGGCUUACUUGUAGACUGCUUAAAUAAAGAGAGAGAUGAGCUUCAGGAUAUCGUCCAGGGAUUGAAAGAAGAGCGAGAUCAGCUAAAGAGAGAUAUGGAAGAAAAUGUGGAGAUGAUGAUUGAAAAUCAGGAAGAACUGAGGACAGCUCUGGAGAAGGUGAGAGUGCAGCAAGACCAAAUCGUUCAGCUAGAAGAGCAAAAAGCCCAACUUGAGUCCAAAUUCUCUGACUUCGAUGGAACCAAUAACAGCCUCGUUGAGGAUCUACACGUUCAGGUGAAGCAGUUAAAGGAGGAACUCCAGUCUGUCUGUGCAGAGAGAGACAUUCUCUCUGAGAAGACCCUUAGUAACACCAAGGAGAUGGAAAGGAUGUGUGAUAUUGGCUCUCUAACCGUAGAAAGAGAACAGCUUCAAGAGACACUGCAGAGCCUAAGAGAGGAAAGGGCCCAGCUGCAGAAAGAGAUGGAAGAAAAAGAUGAACUGGUAAGGGAUUGGUGGAACUUAUCACCUGCUUCCAGGCAGAGCAGCUUACCAAGUGCAGGUAGUAGUAGUGAGGAGGAGUCUCAGCUUCAAAAGAUUCAGGAUCUGAAGGAGACUGAAGAAUUGAUGCAGGAUAAUGCCCAGCUGAGAAAAGAACUUCAGGGCAUGUCUGAAAAGGUGGAUGAGCUCACAGAAGCACUCUGUGCUGUAAAAGAUGAGAAGGGUCAUCUGCUGACUACUCAAACUACUUUGACUGAAGAAAAUGCCAGAUUGCAAAAGAGGUUGAAAGGCCAGGAAGAGCUUGUCAAAAUGGAGAGUGAAAUGGUCGAGUCACAGCUGAAGGAGGCUCAGCUCAGUCUGCAGCAUACAGAAAUCACUGAACAGCUCACAAAGACCCAGGCUGACAUGGAGCAAUUUUUAGUGAAAAAUAACAAACUGCUUGCAUCACUGGACGAGGUGAACCAGAAGUCAACACAGCUCGCUGAAGAGGUUGAAUCGCUUCGUCGUGAAAGAGAAAAGCUUCUGUCUGAGAAGACAUUGGGAGCUUACCACCCUGCGGAGGGGGACAGCCUUUGUGCACCUGUUAACUCCUUGACCGAGGAGAGAAACCAGCUUCAGGAGGCUGUCCAAGCCCUGAGAAAAGAGCAAAGCCACCUGAAGAGGGAGCUAGAUGAGAGCAACCACAUGCUCAUGCAGGUCCAGGAUAAACUGAAGCAGAAUGAGAACAAUUCGGACCAAGCAACUACCUGUGUGCAAGCCAAUCUUAUUCAACAACAACAGCUGGAGGAGCGACUAGAAGCACUGACUGAGGAAAACCAGCAGUUGAAGACAGAUCUUCAGGAAAAUGUGGAGAUGAUGAUUGAAAAUCAAGCUGAAUUGAGAGGGGCACUGGAGAAUAUAAAAGCGCUUCAGGACAAAAUACAUGACCUAGAAUCACAGAGGGUUCAACUGGAGUUCAAACUCAGCCAUCCUGGUAAUGGUGAUGAGGGUGUACUUCUGGAAGAUUUGAAAAUUCAGAUUAAGCAGUUAAGUGAAGACCUCCAGGCUGUGUGUGAUGAAAAGAACAAACUACUCUCUGAGAAUGCUCAAAAUAACCUAAAUGAAGCAGAGCUGGAGAGGGUUCAUGCAAACAUCACCUCACUCACUGAGGAGAGAGACCAACUCUUGGAUAUACUGCAGCGACUGAGAGAGGAGAAGAACCAACUAAAGAGAAACCUGGAGGAGAAGGAUGACCUGGUUUUGCAGUUGACAGGGGAGAUUCAGUCAGCAUGUACUGAAAGAGGCCAGCUUUUGUGUGUGAGAACCAACCAUAUGGAGAACAGUGCACUGGAAAUGGUUCAGUCCAACCUCGAUGCUCUCAGUGAAGAGAGAGACCAGCUUCUGGAGAUACUGCAGGGUCUGAGAGAAGAGAAGAACCAGCUGAAGAAAGAACUUGAGGAGAAGGAUGACAUGAUGAUGCAGCUGAGGGAAGAAGUCCAGUGUGCUCUCGCUGAGAGGGAUUGUCUUUUGGCUGAAAACGAUAAAUGCAGCAUGCAUGACUUUGAGAGCCCUCAAGUGAACAUCACGUGUUUGACUGAAGAGAGAGACCAGCUUCUGCAGGUCCUCCAGGGACUGAGGGAGGAGAAGAACCAACUUAAGAUAGACCUGGAUAAGAAGGAGGAGACGCUGAAGCAGUUGAUGGAUCUUCAGAGUACUCAGACAGCCAAUGUGUCAAUGAAAGCUUCUUCAUGCAGCAUCUUUAAUGGGUCUGCUUUGUCUGAUGAUGUUAAUGAAAAAGGAGACCACCUCCAGGAGCUACUGCAAGGUGUAAGAGAGCUCAUUCAAGUUCAGGGUGAAAUGAAGCACAAUAAACUUCAUGGUUCAGAACAACAGGGCAUUAGAGAACUGCAAGAAGCUCAGCUUCAACAAAUGCAGGCCCUCGGGGAGGAAAUUGACUCUUUGAGGAAUGAGAGAACAGUGCUCAGAAAGGAUCUCCAGGAGGCUGCUGAAAUGUCAAAAACCUAUCAAAACCUGCUUCAUUCCACCAAGGAGGAGCUGAAGCAGAGGCAGAAAGAGAACACAGACCUGAUGACCCAAAGUGCUGAAAAGGAAUCUCAUCUUAAGCAACAGUUGAGCCAAAUGAAUGAAGAUCUUUUGUCCUUGAGAGGCUUGAGGGAUCAACUUGUGACAGAAAAAAGCUCAGAAACUAAGUAUCUCAGCACAGAGUUGCAGACUCUUCAGUCUCGCUUCACUUCUCUUGAGGAAGAAAACGAGAAACUCCAUGCGAUGCUCGAGCAUGCCAGAGCUGAAAGCGAUAAGCUGAGUACUGAUUUGAAGGACAGUGAACAAAUGAGACACCAGUUGAUUAAAGAGGUCGAGUGUCUUGGCAGUGUCAAAGACAAACUACAGGAUGAAGAGACUAAUGCAGAGCAGCACCUGGAGAUUUUGAAAGGGGUCACAGAAGCGCGUGACCAACUCAGGAGGGAACUGGAUAUAAAAACUGAGGAGUUGAUGCACACAAAGGAAAAAGUGCAAGGAUUAGAAAAGCAAAAAAUGCUUCUUGAAUCUGAAGUGAAUUCUCUGAGCCAGUCUCUUCAUGACGUAAAUGCUACAGUCACUAAUGUGAAUGAACAGGCCACUGUGUCCUCUAACCAAAGAGCACUGAAAGCAGUUUCUGAGAUCAGAUCUUUUAAUGAGAAAAUUAAAACUGGUUUCAUGAAGCUUCAGAGCAUCAUUGACCAUCCGACCCUCAAACAUCAUCUUGGAGAUGAUGGCCACAACUGCAACGAAGGGACUUUGAUCUAUCAGCUGUUGCCAUAUGUUCCGAUAUCCCACAGAACAGUGUUUGCUGAUCUUUCAAAAAAAACAAUCCAGCUUAAUGACAUUCUUGCGAGAACUGCGAUGACCUUAAAGAGAUCAGCACAGCACCAUAAGGCCCACUUUAUGCUCCAAGUUCAGAGUGAUGUGGCCUCCUUUGAGGAGAGGAGACUACAGGAUGUGUUGAUUCGCCGAGCUCAGGCUCCCCUGCAGCCCCUCCAUAUGCUACAGGAGGACCUCCAAGAGUUUUGGGACCAGCGACUCUUGGAGCUGUUAGAAAGACGCAAGCAGAAUCUGCAGAAUAUGAACAAUAUUCUGGUGGUCCUGGAAGAUCGUGUAUCUGAGCAAGCACUCACCAUCUCGGAUGAACAUCAGGCACGGAGUCAUGUGGCUGAUAAGGGCAGGGCCCUGGCCAGAACUGCUGACACCACAGCCAUACUCGAGUUCUUGCAGCAGGAACUUGCUCGCCGCACAGUUUUGGCCGAACGUCAGAGAGCAGUCUGCCAACGCCUGUUGGACCAGGACGAUGCUGUGGUUUCCGUGCUGAGGUCGUCCUCGGCUGAGUCAGAGCAGAAGCUCAGGGAUGAGCAGAGGGAGAGCCUGGCCUUGCUGCCGCCACACAGCACCCACCGGCCCAAGAUUGAGGCUGAACUACUGCUGGAGAAGCAGAGUCUGCAUCUUCAGCUGCAGCAGACACAACAACAGAUGGAGGUGAUCCAGCAGAACAUGGAGGAGUUGAAGGUCCAGGCAGAUGAAUCCAGCCAGAAACACCUUGAGAAGCUUGAAGAACUGAGCUCAAAUCUAAAGGAGAAGGAGGUCCUUAUUCAGAACCUGCAGACAAAAUUGAAAGAAUCUGAGGCCUUGGCAAAGAUGAAGAUGCCACCUACUGCUGCUGAAAUGGAGGGCAUGAAGGAUAAACUGGUGAAGAUGGAGCUGGAUCACGUUGCCGUAACUACAGGCCAUGAAAAAGAAAUAACCCAGUUAAAAUCAAUGCUGGAGCACAGAGAAGAGGUCAUCCGCAAGCUGAAGGAGACCCUCAGAAAAACCCAGCAGGAGGAAGAGUAUUCAUUCAUGGAGAGUGACGGCUCCCAGACCAAAGCUCUUGCUUGCCUUAAAGAGAAAACGAUUGAGGAGCUUCACAAGAAAAAUGCACACUUUGAAAGCCUUUUGACCAAGCAACAAGAAGAAAUCACUAAAUGGAAGAACAGGGCUUACAAACUGAGGGGAAGCAGGAAGGACCCCCCCCAGACCCCACACACGCCAACCAAGCGGCAGCCCCCACUGGUGGAAAGUGAGGUGAACUCCCCCAAGAAAGCCUUCCUUGACUCACCGAAAAGCAAGUUCUUUGACAUCCGUGCCGGGGAUGAGCCUAUGUCACUCAAGUGCCCUAAGCAGUUCUUCGAUAACUCCAACCUUGGAACAAUGCCUGAUGCCAGCACCAGCACAGCUGUUGGCUCUAACGAGGCAAACCAAGACAACUGGUGGCAUAUUCCAAACUCCUCUCCCCGGAAAGCCAACACCAAUAUGGAUGCAAAUGGCUGUCCAACGCAGUGAUUGGAUUUCUUUUUUUCUUUCCGUUAUGUCAGUUAUUUUAACCUGCCUUAGUUUUUGUCUUGUGUACUAAAAUUCUUAAGUCUUGUAUUUUUAUAAAUGUGACUUGUUUAUAUUUCAAUGUGGAAUAAACUGUUCUCUGCUAAUUUUCUAUUGUACAGUACGUCACUAAAUUGAUCAGUUUUCA